UUUACAAUGAUGAUGAUAAAUAAAGUAACAAAAGCUAAACUGGACGAUUAUAACUCUAAAACAUCACUUGGAGAGAAGAUUGAAGAUAUAACCUUUUUUAACAAUUUUCGUGUACGGCUCUUUCCCAGCUCCCUUAUCCCAAUUUGGCGAAGUUACUCUAAUUCUGCGACUGAUGUUCUUGUCGUUGAUCUCAUUAAGUCAGAGUCUGAGUCAAUGGAAGAGGAUGUGAGCUCUGAAGAUGAGAAUGUAGUUCGAGACCAAAACAUGGAUGUCGAUGAAGGACAUGACGGAGGACCUUUGAAGUUUGAGUUUUUAACUUUGGCCUCCAUGAAAGCAAAUGAGAACUUCAAAUAUUCUUCGCGAUACUCCGGCUCUUCAUCUCAAGAAUUUUUCAGCUGUAACCCCAUCCCAGCUACAGAGGCUUUCCAACUUAGAGAUAUGGUAGUAGCCAACGAUCACUUCGAGCAACAAAUUUCGGGAUACCCCAUCGUUUUCCUGACGGAUGCUUCAGAUUCUAUGAAAACAGCCUUACUGUCUCUU